AUGAAAGGAUUCAGUUUAACAUGCCGAUGCGAUGUGUUUGAAAUAGGAGGUGGACAAACUAGCCAGCUUUGUCCAUACUGUGGUAAAAGCUUUCCAACGAAUACACGACUGAGGAGACACCUUAUCAUUCAUACACAAGAGAGGCCAUUUCAGUGUCAUGUCUGCCUGAAACGAUUCAACAUGAGGAGUCACCUUAAAACUCAUAUGAUGCUUUAUAGUAACCAGUUGUCUGAUCAACAUGAGUCAGAGCCUGAAAGAUCCUGUGCGUUUUGUGGAAAGGUGUUUAGUAACAAGUACAAUCUGAGGCGCCACAUCCUGAUCCACACAGGAGAGAAGCCAUACGAAUGUGACAUCUGUGGAAAGCGUUUUAACGACCAGAGCAAUCAGCGGGCCCAUAAAUCAGUGCACAUUGAAAGGGAGCUUCUCAAAAAGAUAAUGCAAUAA